AUGAUCAAGAACAGCUCCCUUAUUGACCGAAGUCGCAAGCAGUGUCGCAACUUUUCAUCAUCGCGUCCACAAAGAACUCAAGCCGAUAUCGAGAAUCUGACUGAUGUUUUGCCAACAUGUUGUCCUGGAUGUGGUGCUUUUUCACAAACGAUCGAGCCAAAUGAACCGGGGUACUAUAGCGCAGGCCGAAAGCAGACCCGGAAACUGCUGGCCUCCAAAAAAGACGCCAUCGAGAAAGGCAAUACGGCGGAGAAUGCGACAAGCGUAAACACAGAGCAGAGUGAUAAUGGAGAGGAUGCGCAACCUACAGUCCCUUUACCUCUCCAGGGUGGUGCACUUCCAGAUGACGCCGUUGUACCCGACGACUAUUCCCUACAAUCUCCAUCGCGUAUUACACAUGUCUGCGACCGCUGCCACGACUUAAUACAUCAUAAUAAGGCUGUUGCUUCCCCGAAGCCCUCCGUCCAUUCAAUCCGAGCCUUCAUGAACGAGUCACCUUACAAGAAUAACCGUGUCUAUCAUAUCUUGGAUGCCGCAGACUUCCCCAUGUCUCUCAUUCCACGCAUCCAUUGGGCACUGCUUGUUCAAGAGCAGCGUUCUAAGAAUCGACGGUCAGCCAACGAAAAGUACCGUGGAGGCAAAAGGCUGCCAACUUUGAGCUUCAUCAUUACGCGCUCGGACCUGCUAGCCGCAACCAAGGAUCAAGUGGAUUCUAAGAUGGAGUAUGUGCGCACUGUGCUCCGUGAUGCUCUGGGCAAGGCUGGAAAAGACGUGAGACUCGGCAAUGUGCACAUGAUCAGUGCCCACCGUGGCUGGUGGACCAAGCAAAUCAAAGAAGAAAUCAAAGAGCACGGGGGAGGUAUCUGGGUAGUUGGAAAGGCAAACGUCGGGAAGAGCAGUUUCAUAGAGGCAUGCUAUCCCAAAGACUCACGACGUCUCGAGAACAUGGCCGAAUGGAUCGAACACCAACGGCAAGAGCACGAGAUUCCUAAUCAACGACAGGCAUCCUUGUUGGAUCCCGAUAGUCUGCUGCCUCCAGCUCCCCGCGAGGACAUGUUCCCAGUGCUCCCAGUGGUGUCAUCCAUGCCGGGAACCACAGUAUCGCCUAUCCGCAUCCCAUUCGGCCGCGGGAAGGGCGAAGUCAUCGACUUGCCUGGCCUCGAACGUGGUCAGCUUGAGGACUACGUGCGUGAUGAGCACAAGCGCGAUUUGAUGAUGACCAAACGGAUCAAGCCCGAUCGAUGCACCGUCAAACCCGGCCAGUCUCUCCUCCUGGGUGGUGGUCUUGUGCGCAUUACCGCGGUGAAUCCAGAAGAUACCAUUCUGGCUGCAUGCUUUGUGCCCAUCGAGUCUCACGUUACAAAGACAGAGAAGGCGAUUGAAGUGCAAACCGAGCAGCGACCCUAUGCAGGAACCGUCCUCAUGAAAGAAGGUACAGGCAGCACAAUGGCAUCAGCUGGAAAGUUCGAUUUGAAGUGGGACAUCACCGCAUCGAAUCUGCCCUCUACAGUUGCCAAGGCUGUCAAGGAUAAGGGAAUUCCUAUCCCCAAACUACCGUAUCGCGUGAUGUCAGCCGAUGUCCUGGUUGAAGGUUGUGGCUGGAUCGAAGUCAGUGUCCAAGUCCGCACCAAGCGCAAUGAGGAACCCGAUACCGAAAACUACCCUCAAAUUGAGGUAUUCACUCCUAACGGAAAGCACAUUGAUACGCGGCCACCGAUCAAUUGUUGGAACUUCAUUGCGGAGAAGUUAAAGGCGGACAAACGCAAGAGACCACGCAUGAGACACCAAUAUAGUUGA